UUAAAUACGCCCAUUUCCAAAGUCGGUUUCCAAACGACGACGAAAAAAAAAAUAAAAAAUAUAUAUAUAUAUCCUCCGCAUCUCGCUACCAUGUCGCCGGCGACCGCCGUCCGGAGAAAUCACUUAUUCAUGCUUCUCUUCAUCGGAUUUAUCUCUUGUGCUAAGUCUGAUGAACUUCAACACCUAUUGAAUCUGAAAACUAGCUUGGCGGAAUCAAACACGAGCGUUUUUGAUUCAUGGAGAUCCACUGAUUCGGUUUGUAACUUUACUGGAAUCACUUGUGAUGAUACUGGAUCGUUUGUCAGAGAAAUCGAGCUCUCGAGACAGAAUCUUAGAGGUUCGAUUCCUUUCGAUUCCGUAUGUCAACUACAAUCGUUGGAAAAGCUUUCUUUAGGUUUUAAUUAUUUGCACGGAAGCGUAACAGAAGACCUCAACAAAUGCUCCAAGUUGAGUUAUCUUGAUCUCGGAAACAAUUUCUUCUCCGGUGUUAUCCCUGAUAUAUCUUCCAUGAAAGGAUUGUUGUAUCUCUACGUGAAUUCCAGCGGAUUUUCAGGAACUUUCCCGUGGGAUUCAUUGGAGAACAUGAUGGACUUGAUCGUGCUGAGUGUAGGGGACAAUCCCUUUGAUCAAACUCCGUUCCCAAAUCAAGUUUUGAAGCUGCUUAAAUUGAAUUGGUUGUACAUGGCGAAUUGCAGCAUUGGAGGUGAGAUUCCAGCAGGUAUUGGGGGUCUUACGGAGCUUAUUAAUUUCGAGCUUUCAAGCAAUUACAUCACCGGAGAGAUUCCACAUGAAAUCAACAAGCUAGGGAAGUUAUGGCAGCUUGAGCUUUUCGCUAACAACCUGACCGGAAAACUUCCUGUUGGAUUUCGUAACUUAACGAACCUCCAGUUCUUUGAUGCUUCCACCAACUAUCUCGAAGGUGAUCUUUCUGAGAUAAGGUUUCUUAGUCAGCUUAAAAGCUUACAGUUGUUUGAAAACCAGUUCUCCGGUAAGUUUCCGCCGGAGAUAGGAGAGUUCAAGCAACUGAUGAACUUGUCAUUGUACCGGAACCAGCUCACCGGAACACUUCCUCAGAAUCUCGGUUCCUGGUCUGACUUCAACUUCAUUGACGUAUCCGAAAAUUACCUCACCGGACCGAUUCCUCCCGAUAUGUGUAAGAACGGGAAGAUGACGGAGCUCCUGAUGCUUCAGAACAAUUUCUCCGGCGAGAUCCCGUCAAGUUAUGCUGACUGUAAGACGCUAACCCGGUUUCGUGUGAGCAACAACAUGCUUUCCGGCGUUGUACCCAGUGGAAUAUGGGGGCUUCCGAGUGCUGAGAUUAUUGACAUUGAGAUGAACAAUUUAGAGGGGAGUAUUACGUCGGAUAUAGAGAAUGCAAAAACCUUGGGGCAGAUAUUUGCUGCCCACAAUCGAUUAUCCGGCGAAUUACCACCGGAGAUUUCAAAGGCUACAUCCUUGAAUAUGAUCGAUUUAAGUCACAACCAAUUUUCCGGUAAAAUCCCGGCUACAAUUGGAGAAUUAAGCCAACUGGGCAGGCUUCAUUUAGAUAAUAACAAGUUCACCGGCGAAAUACCCAAAUCGCUACGCUCUUGUGGUUCUCUCAGUGACAUAAACAUGGCUUAUAAUUCGCUUUCCGGCCAAAUCCCGGCCGCUUUAGGGUGGUUACCGACGCUUAACUCAUUAAAUCUGUCCUCGAAUCAACUUUCCGGUCAAAUUCCCAUUAGUCUGUCCUCUCUGAGGCUAAGUCUUUUCGACCUAUCCCACAACAGAUUGGCCGGUGCAAUCCCUGAAUCUCUUUCUAUUGAGGCAUACAAUGGAAGCUUUGCCGGAAAUCCUGGCCUUUGCAGCCAAAAAGUGAAGUAUUUCCGGCCAUGUUCUUCAGAUUCCGGUGGAGUAUCACGGCAAAUUGGGACACUAAUCACUUGCUUCUCAAUUGGAUCAGCUGUCGUUCUCGUCUUGCUUGCAUACUACUGUUACGUGAAGAACGAGAGUCGAAAAGAUCAUCAAUCCCGUUCGUUGAAAGAUGAUUCAUGGAAUGUGAAAUCGUUCCAUGUCUUGAGCUUCAUCGAAGAUGACAUUAUUGAUUCAAUCAAAGAAGAGAAUAUGAUUGGGAAAGGUGGGUCCGGAGAAGUCUACCGAGUCUCGCUCAAAAAUGGGGUCGAAGUGGCCGUAAAACACAUAUGGAAUUCCGAUUCUUGUUGCCGGAAAAAGUCAGGAAGUCAAACACCGAUGCUAGGAAAGCAAUUCGGCGGCCAAAAGUCAUCGGAGUUUGCCGCGGAGGUGGAAACGUUGAGCUCGAUAAGGCAUGUAAACGUGGUGAAAUUAUACUGUAGUAUCACUAGCGAAGACUCGAGCUUGUUGGUAUACGAGUAUUUGCCGAACGGGAGUUUGUGGGAUCGGUUGCAUUCGAGUAAGAAACUCGGGCUCGAUUGGUACGCAAGGUACGAAAUAGCGGUUGGAGCUGCAAAAGGUUUGGAGUAUUUGCAUCAUGGAUGUGAAAGACCAGUGAUUCAUAGAGAUGUUAAGUCUAGUAACAUACUCUUGGACGAGCAUUUGAAGCCAAGAAUUGCUGAUUUUGGGCUUGCAAAGGUGGUUCAGACCGAUAGCACUGGUGGCUCGACUCAUGUCAUUGCCGGAACACACGGUUACAUGGCUCCGGAAUACGGGUACACAUACAAAGUGAACGAAAAGAGCGACGUGUAUAGCUUCGGGGUGGUGUUAAUGGAGCUUGUGACAGGCAAAAAGCCGAUGGAGGCCGAAUUCGGAGAAAAUAAGGACAUUGUUUAUUGGGUAUGCAGUAAACUGAAAACAAAAGAAAGCGUGUUAAGCCUCGUGGAUUCGAGCAUCCACGAAGGUUUUAAGGAGGAAACAAUCAAGGUGUUGAAGAUCGCGAUUAUGUGCACGAGUAGGCUACCGGCCCUCAGGCCGACGAUGAGAGCAGUGGUUAAGAUGUUAGAGGAAGCUCAACCAUGUAAAUUAGUAGGCAUAAUCGUGAGUAAAGACGACGAUGGGAAAAAGGAGAGAGACAAAAGCUUUUCCACGAAUGUACUACUGUAACGUCAUUAGGGCUUCUCCUUAUUGGCCGUUAGUUUGAGUCUCCUCAAGGCCAAAAGGGAUUUUCUGGCUGUUUAUCUUCAGGGUCCUGACUGUUAUCUUUAGGGUCCUAUAAAAUUAAUCGAGGUACGAGAAAAGCCGAUCUCAUCACUCAUGAUUAAAAGAAACAAACUAUCAUGAAGAAUAUAUACAUACAUAAUUAGUGUAUCUAGAGGCAGAUACCCUUUUUGUAAUAUAAUAGCUAGACAAACAAGUGUAAUGGUUUGUGAGGCUAUUUGUAUGUCUCAUGCACAUCUUUGGUAAACAAAUUAAUAUGUUAUGUUGUUUACCAUAUGUGAUGUAAUAUAUGACUAUACAUAUAAUAAUAAAGACUUCUUCAAAGGCUA